AUGGGAAGGAUCAGUACAUUUAGAUCCUAUCAGUUUGUGGUUCUCCUGGCUGCUGCUCUGGCAGUUGUAGCUUUCUACUACUUUGGCACAGAAAGGCAAAACUUCUCCAGCACUACCAAGAGAAUCAAGGAAACUCAAGCCAACCAUAACUCCAACAGGAACGAUGCAGAUCUAACUGUGGACACCACAUUCACUGCUUCACCUGACUCGAAGCAUGCUGGAGUAGAACAGAAUGAAGAUGGAGUAAAUACACAGGCUGAAGAUGGGGAAGGUGUUCUAGCUAGUCAUUUCCAUGCUCUGAUGAUGUUUACUAAAGUGGACAAGAGUCGGAGCCUGCAGGAUAAGUUUAAAGUAGCCAUGUUGUCUAUGAUGAUGCAUGCAGACUUUCUGGAUGAUGAAGUGCUGGUGUUGCACUUCGUUAGUGACCCUGGAAGCCAGAAAUUGGGGGAAAAAAUACUUCAGGAAUUUCUAAAAGAUGCAACAUUUAAGUAUGAGGUGUUAUUUCAUGAUGAGCUGGCGCUGACUCACAAGCUGUUCCCGAUUGUGGAGGCCAUGCAGAAGCACUUCAGUGCAGGAUCCGGAGCUUACUACAGCGAUGCCAUCUUUUUCCUUUCUGUGGCCAUGCAUCUCAUCAUGCCUGAAAAUAUUACCCGCAUUGUCCAACUUGACCUGGACCUGAAGUACAAAACCAACAUCAGGGACUUAUUCCUGGAAUUUCAGCACUUUCCUCCUGAGGCUGUCAUCGGCAUCACCAGAGAGAUGCAGCCUGUGUACAGACAUACGUUUUGGCAGUUUCGAAAGGAGAAUCCUCAGACCAAAGUGGGCGAGCCACCUCCAAACGGCCUGCCUGGGGUCAACAGUGGCGUGAUGCUUCUGGACCUGGGGGCUAUGAGGAACUCUGUCCUCUACAACCAGCUGCUGCAACCCAACAACGUGGCCAAGCUAGCAGAGCAGUACCGCUUCAGGGGCCACCUGGGGGACCAGGACUUCUUCUCCAUGAUCGGGAUGGAGCAUCCGCAGCUUUUCUACCCUCUGGCUUGUGGCUGGAACAGACAGCUGUGCACCUGGUGGAGGGACCAUGGUUACACAGAUGUGUUUCACAUGUACUACCACUGUGAGGGGCCUGUGUACAUCUACCAUGGCAACUGUAACACACCCAUACCCAAUGACUGA